GCUGCUUUGGAGUCCUUUGUUGAAAUGCCCCCUCCCUCAAUUCAGUUCAUGCACCACUUGAUCAUUCUCAGUGUGAAUUGCCUAAAUCUAACCAGGUUGGGAUAGGGGACAUACAGAGGCACCUCUGUAUCCCCUUGCAGCCCCAGCGGGAUGAGGGGAAGGUAUCUGGUUUGUCAAUGCUGGCAGGAGCCUUCAGGACUGAAGGUUAUGUUCGUAUCUCUUCAGGAACCUUCCCUGUAUACUGUCAAAGCCAUCCUGAUUCUGGACAAUGAUGGAGAUCGACUUUUUGCCAAGUACUAUGACGACACGUACCCCAGUGUCAAGGAGCAAAAGGCCUUUGAGAAGAACAUUUUCAACAAGACCCAUCGGACUGACAGUGAAAUCGCCCUCCUGGAAGGCCUGACAGUGGUAUACAAAAGCAGUAUCGAUCUCUAUUUCUAUGUGAUUGGCAGCUCCUAUGAAAAUGAGCUGAUGCUCAUGGCUGUUCUGAAUUGCCUCUUUGACUCAUUGAGCCAGAUGCUGAGGAAAAAUGUAGAAAAGCGAGCUCUGCUGGAGAACAUGGAAGGGCUCUUCUUGGCUGUGGAUGAAAUCGUAGAUGGAGGGGUGAUCCUAGAGAGUGAUCCCCAGCAAGUGGUACACCGGGUGGCAUUAAGGGGCGAAGAUGUCCCCCUUACGGAGCAGACAGUGUCUCAGGUGCUGCAGUCAGCCAAAGAACAGAUCAAGUGGUCACUCCUUCGGUGAAGACCUCAUUGUUCCUGGCUCCUCACCCCCUCAAAAAAUCCACACGUCUGCUGUGACUUCUCAUCCAGUCCCCCAACUGAUGCUCUCAGGAUCAUCUCGGGGAUUACAAGGGACCCUUAAAUCUCCAUUCUGUCUGGUUGCUUCCCCCAAACUCCAAUGUAUGCUUCCUAUCCUUUCUCACUUUUUUGUAGUCUGGGAGUAAAACUCCCAGCAGAUUCUAAACGCAGGGUAGGGGAAGCACCCUUUUCCUUUUUACACUGGAUUAUGCUCUCAUACUCUCCUACCCCGCAUAUUUUCUUCUCAACUUUUGUGCCCUUUGCUGCAGUUACACUUGAGAUCAAAGCAGGAGAAAGAAUGUGCUGAGCGUUUUCCUCCCUUUGCCUUUACUGGGCCUUCAUCCCAAUAGCCCAUAUGUUAGCAAGGGGAGGAAGAGAGAGAAUUCUUUUCCAUAGGAUGAAUGGGGGUGGCAUAUCCAGUCUCAAGCUAUAGCCCCACUUAAUUGGCCUCAGCAUUUCCUCCCAUCCCUUCUUACUGCCCUGUCCUCCAGCCUUGGAAAAAGGAUUGGGAACAGCUCAUGGGCUGGGGACAGAAUGGAAGAAGCAGGGAUUUAAGUUUUAUUGGAUAGGGCUUAUAAAAUUCUGUUUUUCAGUCACAGCUGCAUUCUUUAGCCUGAUCCUGGCUUAUAGCUUCAAAACAACUGUGGUUUGUGAGUGUUCAUUUUAGGAGCGUCCGUCUCCUGGUCCUUGACUCUCCACCUUCCCUACCCAUGGGAUCUUGGCCUGGUUUGUCCUUGCUGUGCCCUGGAGCAGAGCCAGUCCCUGAACUAAAACUCCAUUUUAGUCUUGGGAAGAAGAGUUUUUGCUCAGAACUGGGGAGGCGUGGGAUUUAUGACUUGGGCCUCUGGGCUGUGUCCCCUUCACUCCCCCACAUGCAUUUCACUCCUCUGCCCUGGGUCUGCAAUCUCUGCCGCCUAACCCUAUCUUCUCUCUGCCUCAGCCUUACAUCCAGGCAGUAGGUCUGCACUCCUUCCCACCCUAGGUCGCUGAAAGAGGUCCCUUCCCUCAGAAAACCUUUGGGAUUUGGAUUUCCCCAGGAAGAUGGAGGUUGGAACACCCACUCGUGGGUCUAAUCUUUCCCCUUGACCGGAAACUUCCCACAAAAAUGUCUCAGAAAAACCUUCCUGAGACUUAAGCCUUCUGUCCCACCCACUAACUGCCAGUUCUCCAGGACUGAAGUGGGGUGAAUAACUGGGCAUAUUUGAGGGAGCAUUUUUGUGUCCGAGAUGUAUGGAGUCAGGAGAUCGCCACCUUCAUAUACUGCUCUGUGCAAAGAGGAAUAAAACCGAUUUCUUUUUCCAAA